AUGGAUGAUCUAUUCAACCACAGUGGAGCACUUAACUGGAGCUCACCUGGUGAUGAGAAAUUCAGUUUCCAAGACAUCGACGUGAGCGCAGACGGCACCCCCAUCCUCAGGAUCCUCAUCUCCGUGGUCUACUCUGUGGUGUGCGCCGUGGGCUUGGUGGGGAAUCUGCUGGUGUUUUUCCUCAUGAGGUUAAGACAAGGUCGCAAGAAGUCCACCAUCAACUUCUUCAUCAUCAACCUGGCGGUGACGGACUUCCAGUUCGUCCUCACUCUGCCCUUCUGGGCCGUGGACACCGCGCUGGACUUCAGCUGGCCCUUUGGAGACGCCAUGUGCAAGAUCAUCCUCUCGGUCACCGUGAUGAACAUGUACGCCAGCGUGUUCUUCCUCACGGCCAUGAGUGUGACCCGCUACUGGUCGGUGGCCUCGGCCCUGAAGAAGAAGGCUCACAGGAGGUCACGGUGCGUAAAGUGGGUGUGCGCGGUGCUGUGGGUGUUGGCGACCAUGGCCACUGCUCCCACGACGAUCUUCUCCACUGUGACUUUGGUGGCUGGAGAAAAACUCUGCCUCCUCAAGUUCCCCGAUGGGCACGACUGGCUGGCUCUCUACCACAUCCAGAAGAUCUUGAUAGCCUUCAUCAUCCCCAUGCUCAUAGUCUGCGUCAACUACCUGAUGCUGCUGCGCUUCGUGAGACUCCGCAGCAUGAGCAGCAGCAACCCCAAACGCAGAUCCAAGGUCACCAAAUCUGUCGCCAUCGUGGUUUUGUCCUUCUUCUUCUGCUGGAUGCCAAACCACGCCAUCACAUUCUGGGGUGUCUUGGUGAAAUUCAACGCGGUGGAUUGGGAUAAGUCGUAUUACCUGGUGCACACCUAUGUGUUCCCGGUCACGGUGUGCUUGGCGCACGCAAACAGCUGCUUAAACCCGGUGCUUUACUGCCUGAUCAGGCCAGAGAUCAGGAAGAUGCUCAGCGGUGUGUUUUGGAGAGUCUCCACUCCCUCCUCAUCCAAGAAGAGCAGUGCGUCGCGCUACUUUACGCAUGGAGACACCGGGGGAGUCGUGCCAAUCCCGGGUUUGGACAAUGGAGAGUCCUCGUUGUCCAUCAUAGACCGUAAAGGCUUACCGAGCUCCAGCAUGAUCCAGUACACCCGGUAG